CUCUUGCGCGCUGAGGACAAAAAAAGCUAGCCUCGGUCACAGGCCGGCGUGGACGCUGCCGCCUCACAGCUUUCUAGCCCGGCACCCGGGUCGCACUAUUUUGAACCGGACAGAGGUCACCGUCAACGAAUCUCAAACGCAACAGCAGAGAAUCGCUGCGACGCGGUUCAGCGUAAAAAAAUAUGAAGUCGCAGCAGGAAAGCGAAUGAAGGCGCGCCGAUAAUUCGAAUGCGACAGUAGAGCGAAGGCGAGCCGAGGGGCAGAAAAUGAAUGACCACGAGGUCAAGUGCGCAGUUGGAGCGCUCAUCGCGCUUCGUCAACGUAUAAACAGAACGCCAGUGUAGCGCGAAAAACAGGGCAUACGCUUUCGCGAGGGCAAUGCCUGCACCGGGCAAUGUAGGCUGUUGCGCUCGCGGAAAACGAGCAGUGCGCACGGUCCCGGCGCAUGCAGUGCCCGGAUGCUCGCUGCAGACUACGCAGCAGCAGACGACGCCGCUACCUACGUUCGUACGCCGGACGUAGCGCUGCGCACGCGCGGAGGGGCGGCUGACGUCACGGGACCUAUAAAUAGAGAGAGCCGCGCCUCCGGCGGAUAACGUGUGCACUCUCCAAGAUGCCGGCAUCAAAGAACGCAGCCAAGUACACGUUCCUCCGGAGCGCGAUGGUCGUCGCCCGGCCGGACAAUGUGGAGGUCAAGAUCAAAAUGGGCGCCGACACACCGCAAAAGGCGGACAUAAACGCCAACGCGACGCCCCAGGACGCUUCUGAUCCCUGGGCACUACCUGUCCUCGAGGACCAGGGGGUCAAGUGGUCAGAGCUCAGCCCUGGCGGCAAGAUCCAGCGGGUGGCGCUGGGCCUGUGCAAGGGCCUGUGCCUGGUCGCACUGCUCUACAUGUUCAUCUGCUCGCUGGACUUCCUCAGCUCGGCCUUCCGCCUGGUCGGCGGCAAGACGGCCGGCAAGGUGAUGCAGCAGAACGAGGUGCUCAAGAACCCCGUCGUCGGCCUCAUGAUCGGCGUCCUCUCCACCGUCCUCGUGCAGAGCUCCUCGACCUCGUCCUCCAUCAUCAUCACCAUGGUCGGCGCGAACCUGAUCCAGGUUCGCGACGCCAUACCCAUCAUCAUGGGCGCCAACAUCGGCACGUCGGUGACCAACACCAUCGUGUCGCUGAUGCAGAGCGGCGAGCGAAACGAGUUCCGCAGGGCCUUCGCCGCUGCCACCGUGCACGACAUGUUCAACUGGCUCACGGUCAUCGUCCUGCUGCCCUUGGAGGUCGCCUUCGGUUUGCUCUACCACUUGACCAGCGCCAUCAUGAACUCCACCAACUGGACGACUAACAAAAAUGCUAACAGGGACUUCUUGCAAGUCUUGACGAAGCCGUUUACCAGCCUUAUUAUUCAGUUGGACAAAAAGGUCAUCGAGAAAGUUGCUAUCGGGGACGAGACAUACUACAACCAAUCUUUGAUCAAACGGUGUUGCAACGCGACCAGCGAUGGAUGUGUCACACAUUGCAAAUUCGCCCUGGCCUCCCUGGACUGGCAAGACAGCUUCGUUGGCCUCUUGCUGCUGGGCAUUUCCCUGCUGACGCUCUGCGUCUGCCUCAUCCUCAUGGUCAAGCUGCUGCACUCGAUGCUUCGCGGUCGCAUCGCGGUCAUCAUCAAGACCACAGUGAACGCCGAGUACAGGUUCCCGUACUCCGUGCUGGUCGGCUACGUCGCCAUCCUGCUCGGCUGCAUCAUGACCAUCCUCGUGCAGAGCUCUUCCAUCUUCACCUCGGCGCUGACGCCACUGGCGGGCAUCGGCGUCAUCAGCCUGGAGCGCAUCUACCCGCUGACCCUGGGCUCCAACAUCGGCACCACGACCACGGGCAUCCUGGCGGCGCUCGCCGCGGACUCGAGCCGCAUCAAGUACACGUUGCAGAUCUCCUUCUGCCACCUCUUCUUCAACGUGCUGGGCAUCUUGAUGUUCUACCCGCUGCCCUUCACUCGCUUCCCCAUCCAGCUGGCCAAGAUCCUGGGCAACACGACCGCCAAGUACCGCUGGUUCUCGGUUCUCUACCUGCUGUGCAUGUUCCUCUUUUUUCCGGCGGCCGUGUUCGGGCUGUCCAUGGCCGGCAUGAUCGUGUUCAUGGUGGUUCUCAUUCCCAUCCUGGUCAUCCUCGCGGCGGUGGUCGCCGUCAACCUUCUUCAGCGGAAGGCGCCCCACGUGCUGCCCGAGAAGCUGCGCAACUGGCUGUGGCUGCCCGAGUGGAUGCGUUCGCUGGACCCGCUCGACCGCGUCAUCGGCGCCGUCGUUGGUCGGUGCGGCUGCUGCCAGCGGCUGUGCCCGCCCCAGACGGCGCACGACGCCUCGGCCAUGCCCACGAUGCGGGAGGUGUCGUCCCAGAUGAACUUCAUCGAGUCUCGCCGGUCGUCCUGCCCGUCGGACUCGCAGUCUGACCUACAGGCCUUCGAGAACUCUGCCUUCAACUGGACUAAAGACAAGCAGAAUGGUGGCGCCACGUUUAUAACCCAGCUAUAGCGCCCCCGCAGGUCCUGUGCUGUGAUGUAAAUACGCGCAUCUUUAUAUAUAUAUGUGUAUUAUAUAUACGCGAACUCCUGCCCUGUAUAUAAGACUUCAUGUGUGUGCAUGUGUGCGCGAGCGAUAUGUGAGUGCGUUUGAGUGGCUCCAGCGAACGUGGUUGGCGUGGUUUUUUUCGCGGGUGUGUCUGACAACAUAGAAGCCUUACUUGUAGCCUAGAACUUGCAUUAGAGCACUAGCCGCGAACGUUGCUUUCUCGCUGUGUGUUACCAGUCGUCGUUAGGUUUUCCACACCUAUCUCGUAGUCCAUGUAGCGAACAAUACUACUAUAGAUGUCCACGUGGUAUUCCUGUAGAAGUGGCAGAGAUCGCCAGACUAUUGUGAUAAGUCUUUCUUGGGCACCUAUGAAACAUCGUUGGCGAAAGUAGUCAGUGGCGUAGUACAGGUAACCACGUAGGUCGAUGACUAAGCGAGCUGUAAGCUUCUUUCGUGCUUUUGAUCUCACAUCAGUAUCGUUAAAGUACUAGAUAUCGAUGUCUAGGCACCUGUCGGACUUCGCUAGCGAUGUUGUCCACCAAAUGCUGUAGUACAUCGCUGUAAUACCGGAGAGAAAAAAAGUGCCAUUCAGAAAGCUUCCUUUACUGCUUUCUGGCGCAGGUAUCGCUUUCAGUACUUCGUAGUCAUAGUUACGGCAGCAUGUAGGUUUUUAAUCUGUUCACCAUUUUAUCGCGCACUUCGAAGUGACGUUGAAGGGUGCUGCAGUCUUGGAACGCAGAACGACCUUGGAAUGCGCUUUGUGGCUGCAUUCGUGUGGAGGAGGUCGUCUUGCCCCUCAAAUCGGUAGGAGCACAACCUUUGUCGUAAAGUGCCACCCCGCAGCGCUUUAGUGUUUUAUCUUUUUUUUAUUACGUGACCUAAUGUUAGAUAUUAGGCCAUCUCAUCGUCAACAUUUUUUUUCUCGUCCAACACUGUCGCAAUCUAUUCCUUUUUUACCACCCGGACCCUCGAGCAUCCCUUUCCCGCCGCUCCUUGUAAAUGUGAGAACGUGACCCGACUGGCUUUCCGUUCUCAUUCUAGCUUGUCCGCCAUAGGGCCUACCUUAGAAACAUACAUUCCAAGGCUUCGGACGUGCACACUUAGGUCGUCUCGUGUGCGGUACUUAGAACAUUACUCGAGGUAAAAAAAAAGUCCAUCUGAAUUUUCAAGACCAUGUAUGUGUACCUCGUUGCCGUUGCAUCAUGCACAUCUCUUGGUGUCGCGAUCGUGUUUCGCAUUACACGUAGCCAAGUGCUUUCUGGUUCGUCCACCCAAUGGCAUGUGCACCUCACGCGAUGUCGUCGGCGGCAGUUCGGCGCGCGCAUCCUGCAAGUCAUCGGUGCACACUACGCUACUACGGAGUGCCUGCAAAAGUGUCAUGUCCCUGUCUUCCCUGUACAGUCUAAGUCCUGUGCUCAGCAUCUGUUACUAAAUCGGCGGAUGACUUAGCCGCAUCUUGAGGGCCUGUUUACGCUCGAGCCGCCCAUCGCCACUAGCCGCACCGCACGCGUGUGGUCGCGCGAAAGAUUGCACGUAUCAAACACUUGUGCACAAAUUUCGGUUUACAAUGUGUAAGGUGUACACUCUGUACACAGUGUAAACGGCAAUUUGUGCGCAAGUGCUGGAUGUGUGCAAUUUUUCGCGCCACCGCAAGCGCGUGGUGCGGCUUGCGGCGAUGGGCGGCUCGAGCGUAAACAGGCCCUUGCCGAGCAAAAGGUUGGCCACUCGCCGCGCGGCCCUCAUUUUUUUUUUGAGCUUCAGGAAAAGAGUUCAAAGUUGGCGCGUACGAGGCCGUGGGUGCUUGCUCCGUUUAAUCCCACGGAGAUUCAUUGGACUGUUCUGGGCAGUGCGCUGGUGACUCGUUUACAACAGUUUGCCGGGACCCACCGAUGGUGCAAAGUGUACAGAAUGCAAUUUGCGCUUUCGGCUAGCGCCGGAGUCUCUGCAUUUCCGAAGGAGCGGAAUGCUGGAGUGGUUACGUGUGCGUAUUGCGUUAUCUUGCGAUAUGAUCAUCUUUUGCAUUGUUUUACUGUUUCAAAGGGAAAAAAAGCGUGUUUCAUUAUUUAUUAUGUUCAGUGUCAACCUCUCGAAGAGCGAAAGAAAAAGUCGCAUUCAAUCAGUACAAUCAAGGUUGAGCAAACUGAAGCAGAAAUAAAAUGUUUUUAAUUCCUUUUUCUAA